AUGCUUACCGCACCUUAUACCAGCGCGAUGCGCCUGGGUCAAGGUUUCAACACCUACACCCACGAAAUUUGUGUCAAUGACGCGGUCGUUGUUGACCCCACGAACCCUGGUGGUGAUGUGUACGGUGGCGACGACCACACCGUCAGCCAGAUUGUCUCUUAUUGUACACGUCAUGUGGAUAAAGUCAGUCAGGUCAUUGCAGCCAUGAACAUUUCUGCGGCGGCAUCUGUCAAAACCCAGGGAGCCGGUGGCGGUCUCGCCGGGUCCUACGUUGACUCAGAUACCUUCAAGGAAAGCAACAUCAACUUCUUUUGCCAGGUCAAGGUCACCAAUCAGGUUAUCAUGAGCAACGACCUCCUUCAAUUCAAUGAUAUCCCCACCAUGCGAAUGAGUAACCCUCAGAAAUUUACAAAAGUGUAUGGUGAUUCAUACAUCUCUGGCUUCAUCGAAGGUGGUGAACUUAAUGCUAUCAUUUCGGUCAAGACCAGCGAUCAGUCGACCAUUAAUUCGAUCAAGGCUUCUCUUGAGGGAAGUUUUGGCAAGGGAGCAUUCUCUGCCAGCUUGAAGGGGGAGGGCGGAAAGGACAAUGAGCAAUCACUGAGCCAGAGUGAGACUACAAUCACUGUGAACUGGACUGGCGGCGGUAUUAUCAAACCCAAAGAAGAACUUUGGUCAAUUAGUUCCCUUGUUAAGGCGGCUGCUGCCUUCCCGGAAAUGGUUAGUCACACCCCUCAGCGAACCCAUGCUAUUUUGACCAAAUACGAAAAUCUGCGGUCAUACUAUUUCCUGACACCUCCAAUGCCUGCCCCACUCGACUACUCCCUGGCUGAGCUGUAUACCAACGAUCUCCUUGACGCUUUCACUGACUACAAAAGCAUUUGGACCGUCAUUCAUCAGCUGGCGGAGGCAGUUGAGUUCGGACAUGCAACCUUGAUACAAGCCGAUCCCAUGCCCCUUCACGACAAAAAAAAUCGUCAUGAAGACGAUGGCGUUCUCGUCGAUUUUAAUGCAGAAGACAUGUCUCAGGAGCAAAAGGCUAAGGCCUAUGAUGAACUCCGGUCAAAAACCGCUUUCCGACACACUGGAAAGCGAUACAACCCGACACUGCAGGAUUUGGAUCGAGCCCGUUAUCAUUGCCGACUGGAGAUGGGCAAGAUUCUUAAUGAGAUCAUCGCCAUUGAAAAUGAUCCGUCGAAGGCUAGCACUGCGGAUCCCAGUGCCGUGUUCCUCAACCCAGCUAUCUUCCGCAUGCUCCUCCCAGUUAAAGUUGAGAGUGACUCUUCGGCCCUGAAGACCAUCACAGACGCAUUCUAUCUUACCUCUGAGAAAGCGCUGCCGAAGGCAGCGAACGAGUGGAAAGACAAACUCCCAGCGGAUAUCACUCAAAAGCUCAGAAUGACCAGUCACGGGGGUGAAAAUGACACUAAAGUCUCCGACAAGUUUGCGCAGUUCCUCUUCCAGAACACUAACGGAGUGACUACUCGCUCUCCAAACACGACCCGCUUGGAAUACAUCAAAGUGUAUUCUUCCGCCGAAUGUGUGACAGGAAUCGAUAUGAAAUACGUGGGUCAAUCUGCUGUACAGGCUGGGACGAUCCAAGGACAGGGGGAAGCUGCCGAGCUUGCGUCCAACGAUCCUGUUACCGAAGUGGUUAUUGAAAGUGCCAAAUACAAGGGGCAAGAGGCCAAUCACGCUGUUAUUCUGGGGAUCACACUGAAGACUCGCGGGGGCACACUCCAUGCCCUCGGACGCAAGGAUGCCAAUAAAGACAAGUUGGCUGGAUACAACUCUCACAUUGCGAAGGGACCGACUACCUCUUGGGGACUGCUUGGUUUCUGGGUAUCGCCAGCUGAUAACGCAAAUGAGGGUUUCGCGCGUCUUGGGGCAUUCUUCGCGCAAGAUCUUUAA